AUGGUGAAAUUGGGGAGUAACCUGUCAGAGAAGCCAGAGAAGGAGCAGGGCAGCGGAGGUGGUGGAGGGGAAGAUGGCUUUGACAACAUCCCUUUGAUAACCCCACUGGAUGUCAAUCAGCUACAGCAGCCAUUCCCAGACAAGGUGAUAGUCAAGACCCGAACAGAAUACCAGCUUCAGUCAAAGAAGAGAAAGUUGCAUGUUCCAGGAAUCAAGAGGCUGAAUGUCAAUCUCUAUGAUGAAGUAUCAGAAAAGGUCAAGUUGACAGGACUCAUUCUCAUCACGAUGGCGUUCCUGGCCUGUCUCCUCAUGCUGGUCAUGUACAAGGCUCUCUGGUAUGACCAGUUAAGCUGCCCAGAGGGCUUUGUGUUUAAGCACAAGCACUGUACUCCUGCAGCUCUAGAGAUGUAUUAUUCUGAGCAGGAAGCAGGACCCCGAGGAAGUCUCUACACGGCUAUUAACCACUUAACUCAAGCCAAGAAAACUAUUCCUGAACUGCCUUCACCGUGGUUACCAGUAAUUAAUGCCUUGAAGGAAGCAGAGAAAGCUAAAGAUGAACCUCCCAUUUCUCAGCAAUAA